CGCGGCCAAUCGCCGCGGCCAUAUCCCCCGCGCCCCGGGCGCAGGCGCGGCAGUGGGCCGAGGUUGGCGGGAUCGCUGAGGCGCGGACGCUACUAGCCGCCAUGGUUCUGGAGAGCGUGGCCCGUAUCGUGAAGGUACAGCUCCCUGCCUACUUGAAGCGCCUUCCGGUGCCGGAAAGCAUCACCGGCUUCGUGCACCUCACAGUUGCAGAAUGGCUCCGGCUGCUGCCCUUCCUGGGUGUGCUCGCUCUGCUGGGCUAUCUUGCCAUCCGCCCAUUCUUCCCGAAGAAGAAGCAACAGAAGGACAGCUUGAUAAACCUUAAGAUCCAGAAGGAAAACCCCAAGGUGGUGAAUGAAAUCAACAUCGAAGACCUGUGUCUCACGAAAGCAGCUUACUGCCGCUGCUGGCGCUCCAAAACGUUUCCUGCCUGUGAUGGCUCGCACAAUAAACAUAACGAGCUGACGGGAGAUAAUGUGGGUCCACUCAUCCUGAAGAAGAAAGAAGUAUAACAGUAACGACAUGGGAUUGAUUCAGCAUGUGCUGGGAAGUCCUGCAGUAUUUUCUCAUUCUUCGUGUAUAGAAAAUCUUUGAAAUGGUGGUCUUAAUUAUUACUAAGUGAAUAAUUAUUUCUGCCGGUUUAUUUUCUUGCUACACUACUGUUUAUAUUUGAUAAUUUGUAUAUUGAAACAUUUAUGUAGAGAUUAAACUGUCAAGACUUAGUCUGUCUUUAGAGAAGUAAUGUAUCUUCCAGCAAUAAAAUCAAUUCCUUUCAUUUUAUUUUUAACUUUCUAUUUUGAGCCAGGGUCUUGCUUGGUAGUUCAGGCUGGUCUUGAACUCACUAUGUAGGUCCAGCUGAUGUUGAACUUGUGUUGAUCCUCUUGCCUCUGCCUCGAGUACUGGGACCAUCGGCCUGGAGCACCUUGCCCCGCUUCCUCUCGUUUUAAUUGAGAAAACCUAAAUUUUGGCAAUGGAUCCAAAACUAUUUGGAUAUUACUAUUUCAACAGAAUCUAUACCUAAAAAAAUUGCCCCUACAUUGUGUUGUAUAGCUUUUGUUUUGAUCAGUCAUGUGGCUUCUUUCUUUGAAUGGUACUGGGUAUUGAACUCAGGGCCUGGCAAGUGCUAGGCACAUGCUCUACCACUGAACUCCAGCCCUGUCUCUCUUUUUAGGGAUUCUAAGAAAAAUGUUGACAUGAAAAUUACUUGAGGUCACAGAUACAAGUUUUGGUUUAUAGAGAAUGUUCCUCAUGAAUAUGAAUAUCACAAUUUGAGAAAUAAAUGAUAUAAAUAGUU